GAGGACUCGGCCACAGCGUCUGCCCUGAGAAACCCAGAGCCGGUUUGCAGGCAACUCAGUGGUGGUCGUGCUCCCAAUACAUCGCAAUCAUGUCUAUUAUGUCCUAUAAUGGAGGGGCCGUCAUGGCCAUGAAGGGAAAGAACUGUGUGGCCAUCGCUGCAGACAGGCGUUUCGGGAUCCAGGCCCAGAUGGUGACCACGGACUUCCAGAAGAUCUUCCCCAUGGGUGACAGGCUCUACAUAGGCCUAGCCGGCCUGGCCACUGACGUCCAGACAGUUGCCCAGCGCCUCAAGUUCCGACUGAACCUGUAUGAGCUGAAGGAAGGUCGGCAGAUCAAGCCUUACACCCUCAUGAGCAUGGUGGCCAACCUCUUGUAUGAGAAACGGUUUGGUCCCUACUACACAGAGCCUGUCAUUGCUGGCCUGGACCCGAAGACCUUUAAGCCCUUCAUUUGCUCUCUGGACCUCAUUGGCUGCCCCAUGGUGACUGAUGACUUUGUAGUCAGUGGUACCUGCUCUGAACAAAUGUAUGGGAUGUGUGAGUCUCUCUGGGAGCCCAACAUGGACCCAGAGCACCUGUUUGAAACCAUUUCCCAGGCCAUGCUGAACGCUGUGGACCGGGACGCCGUCUCAGGCAUGGGCAUCGUUGUCCACAUCAUUGAGAAAGACAAGAUCACUACCAGGACGCUGAAGGCCCGGAUGGACUAACCUGUGCUCUAGAUGGACUAACCUGUGCUCUGGUCCCGUCUCCCUUUUGUUGUUUUUCUUUUUAAUAAAAUUGCUUUUCUUUCAUGCC